AUGGACCGACAUUGUCUCAUGCUCAAGGAUGACUUGGUGUUGGUGGAGUUGCAUGAAGAGAGGACAACGGUGAUUGACCUCGACCUUUUCUUCACCGUCCCACGAAGGGUCAAGUUAAGGUCAUUUGAGCCAAGCAGGCUUUCAAAACCUUACCUUUCCUGUCGAGAAAUAGAGAAAAGGAAAAGGAAAGGCAUAUCUAUCCAUCCACCUAACCCCGAUCGCAACAAGUACAUUCCUCUUUGCAUGCAUUUGUGUAAGCAUGGAAUCUAUCGUUUGCAAUUUUUCGAUGAUUGA